UGUUAGAAAAUAGAAACCAUUUUUGAAUUUGGGUUCAUUUCAUCUUACUUCUCAACAAAGCAAAGAACCAAUUUUUCCUCAACCGGACCGGCGUUGAUUACCACCGUCACCGUCAAAAUUUGAGCUUCAAUCAUGGCUCUCUCCACAAGGCAAAGAAGACCUUUACUCUCCGAUCCAUCUUCAUCAUCAUCUUCUCCAUCAUCUUCUUCGUAUUCAAAGGAUCAUAAGCCUGGAAAAUCGGAGCUGAAAGAAGAAGUCGAUAAAGGUUUGAGCUGGGCUUUGCCGUUGUUUGCUUUAGGAAUGUUAAGGUACAUGAGCGCCACAUCGAACAUCAUACACGAUUGUGAUGAGGUCUUUAACUAUUGGGAGCCUCUUCAUUACCUUCUCUACAAAUUUGGGUUUCAAACUUGGGAAUACAGCUCUCAGUUUGCGCUUCGGUCAUAUUUGUAUAUUCUCUUCCAUGAGUUGGUUGGUCGACCUGCUACUUGGCUGUUUAGUGAGGACAAAGUAAGGGUAUUCUAUGCUGUCAGAAUCUAUCUCGGUAUCCUCUCUGUUAUCACAGACACCGUUCUAGUGGUAGCUCUAUCAAGAAAGUACGGAAAGCGCCUUGCUUCUUACACACUUGCUAUGCUGUGCUUAACCAGUGGUUGUUUCUUCGCUAGCACUAGUUUCUUGCCUAGUUCAUUUUCGAUGUAUGCCAUCUCCUUAUCGUCGGGUUUGUUUCUUCUCGAUAAACCGGCUAUGUCAGUAGCAGUUGCAGCCAUCGGUGUAAUCCUAGGCUGGCCUUUCUCAAUUUUAGCUUUUCUACCAGUGACUAUCUUCUCUUUAACCCGAAAAUUCAAACAAGUGUUUGUUGCUGGAGCUAUCACCUCUGUUGCACUUCUCGCAUUAUCACAACUUGUGGAUCACGUCUACUACGGGAAAUGGACAUCAUCCGUCUUAAAUUUGAUGCUUUACAAUGUUGUCGGAGGUGGUGAAAGCCAUUUGUAUGGAACCGAAGGGUCGCUUUAUUAUCUUAGGAAUGCAUUUAACAACUUUAACUUCUGCUUUGUUCUUGCAUUGCUGUUUGUGGUAAUAUUGCCCAUUGUAAAGGAGAAGUACACCCCUGACUUGCUAAUUGUGGUCUCUCCACUAUAUAUCUGGUUGGCAUUUAUGUCCUUGCAGCCACACAAAGAAGAAAGGUUCCUUUAUCCUAUAUAUCCACUUAUCUGUGUUGCUGCUUCGGCUGUCAUUGAGAGCUUUCCUGAUUUUUUCCGAGACAAAUACGAUCCCCAUAGAAAUUCUCUACUUGUUAUGAUAGCCAAACUUCUCAGACCGGUAGUACUCGGCCUCAUUUUAUGUGCUUCACACGCUCGCACAUUUUCUUUAAUCAAUGGCUAUUCUGCUCCCCUAGAGAUUUACAAGCUUUUGGAGCACCAUGAAGAUGUUGGAACAGGUGCUGUACUCUGUGUUGGAAGUGAAUGGCAUCGGUUCCCAUCAUCAUUUUUCGUUCCCAAAUAUAUAGGAGAAGUUAGAUGGAUUGAUGACGGUUUUCGAGGAUUACUUCCAUUCCCAUACAAUUCCACCCUUGGUGGAACUGCUGCAGCACCGCCAUAUUUCAAUAACAAGAACAAAGCAUCCGACGACCAAUAUCUCAAAAAUCUUGAAGCUUGUACUUUACUCGUCGAGCUACAUCUCAAGCGACCUUACCCUUAUCGUGGAAGUGACAUGUCAACAUGGGAGGUCAUUGGCGCAUUACCUUACUUAGAUAGAGAGCUUUCACCGCCUCUAUACCGAUCUUUUUUCAUCCCUUACCUUUGGCAAAACAAUAACAUUUUCGGAUUGUACAAACUGCUUAAAAGAGUACUGAAAUCAGAGUGAAAGUAUUUAGCAUCAUGUAGAUUAGCUUCUGUUCUGAGAUUAAAAACCAGAUUUUGAACAGCAUUACUUGACAGUGAUCUUCACCGAAAUGUAAUGUCUCCAGUUCGAGAUUUCGAUUUUUGGUGGGAUUUUAUGUUGAAUUCUUUUUGUCAAUGUUGUAAUGGAGUAGCUUAAUUCAUUUGAAAUUGUAUUUUCUUGAUAUUUCUUUCCAACAUAAUUUUCUAAGGAUAUGAAUUUUGUAGUUUUCUCAAA